AUGUUCAUUCUCGAGGGGCUAUGUGUAUGGCAUAUCGAGAGUCUCAGGGGCCAUGGCACGGUUCCUCCCAACCGGCCUGGCCUCACCUGCAGCAACUUAUUCACCACGUUAUCGCUGCUACCAAAGAUAACGGGCACAUUCCAUGGCGGCACUCCAGAGAGAUGGGAAACCCCGCCUACCCGUACGGAGGGAGUGGCAGGGGAGAGAAAUAACCCUGCUUACCCCUCUGGAGGAAGUGCUAGGAGAGAUGUACUCGUGGAACGACCAAUUGCGCAAGAAACUGCCCGCCCACUGCGACAAUGGGAGACGACGCGCAAGCAUGAAGAACAGGAGAAAGCGACGAGAGAAAUAACUCAAGAGCCCGAGAAGUUCCACAUCUCCGCGCGUCAACGUGCAACAUACGCUAGCCGCCUCCCCCUUGAACGCACUGUCACCAUGCACCUCAUUUCGCGUUACCUUCAUGGGCGCUCGAAAAUGGACUUCCAGCUUCCGGAAGGCGAAGCGUUCAAGACUGAAGAGCUCUAA